AUGGCGUUCAGUGCACCGUUUUCAGCACCUCAAAUGGAUUGGGAAACUAACGACUCGAUCUUAGCGUUUGGCAAAUUCAAGCAAAAAUGUGAGCUGAUGUUCAAAAGUAUACUCAAAGACGCUGAAGGAGAAGAACAAGUCAGCUAUAUCCUGCUAUGGGUUGGCGAGCAAGGUCUCGACAUCUACAACAGUUGGACAUUCGAGGACGUGAAAGACCAAAAAGACCCAGCGAAGAUUCUCGAUAGAUUUAUGGAACAUUUGGAGCCACGGACAAAUCAUCGAAUUCACAGGUAUACUUUACAAAGUAUGCGACAAGACCCAGGUGAGUCAAUCGAUAAUUUUAUUGCCAAGAUUAAAAAUAUCGCAGCCAAAUGCAAGUUUAAUGGAAAUGAAGAAAGCGAGGACAGAUUAUUAGAUCAACUAAUUUGGGGUACAAAUGAUCCUGAAGUUCAGAAAUCCUUAAUUGGACGCGAUGAAAAACUAACAUUAAAUACUGCCAUAGAUAUUGCUAGAAGUUAUGAAGCAACGAAGCGUCAAAUGAAUUCAUUAUCAAAUCCAAAUAAGGGAAAUCCCCAGCGAAUUGAUAGCAUUACUCGCAAGAAAUUGAACGCUGAUAAUAAAAAUCAUAAUAAUAUUAUUCAGUGUAGAAAUUGUGGCAAAACUCACAAACUGCCACAUAAAGGGAACUGUCCAGCCCAUGGUACCACAUGUAGGAAUUGUGGCAAAUUAAAUCACUGGCAAUUAGUAUGCAAAUCACCUAAGAGCCAACAUAGAUCAAAGUCGCCAUGCAGAAAAAACAAAAAAGCCAUUAAUAGUCUUGAGAAACAAAAUGAGAAUGACCCGUAUGCAGAUAUCCCAACAAUUGGCACUAUUGAAAUAAAUAGUGUGGAAAGUCAUAAUAAUACUACUAGUGAAGAAAUAUUUACUACCCUACGUGUUAACCGUAAGAAUAAUGGAGAUAUAAAUUUAAAAUGCAAAGUAGAUACGGGUGCACAGAGCAAUGUAUUGCCCAUUCAUUUGUUUCGUGUUCUAUAUCCUGAAUUAAUUAAUGCAGAAGGAAUGCCCAGGGACG